GGGACCCUGAGCACAGCGCACCUGCUCCCGACCGACAGCGCUCCUGCCCCGCAGUCCUUGUUCUCCAACGGGUCCAGGCCACCGCCAGCCUAGGUGGGCUUCAGGAUGAAGGCAGCUCGCUUCGUGAUGCGCAGCGCCAGCUCGCUGAGCAGCGCCAGCCUGGUCCCCCGGGAGGUCGAGCUGUUCUCACGCUACAGCCCGUCCCCGCUAUCCAUGAAGCAGCUGCUGGACUUUGGUUCAGAAAAUGCCUGUGAAAGAACGUCUUUCUCUUUUCUGCGGCAAGAAUUGCCAGUGAGACUAGCCAACAUCCUGAAGGAGAUUGACAUCCUCCCUGAGCGACUGGUGAAUACCCCCUCCGUGCAGCUGGUGAAGAGCUGGUACAUCCAGAGCUUGAUGGACUUGGUGGAGUUCCAUGAGAAGAACCCAGAAGAUCAGAAAGCUCUAUCAGACUUUGUAGACACACUCAUCAAAGUUCGAAACAGACAUCACAAUGUGGUUCCUACGAUGGCUCAAGGAAUCCUUGAGUAUAAAGACACCUGCACAUUUGACCCAGUUACCAAUCAAAAUCUUCAGUAUUUCUUGGACCGGUUUUAUAUGAACCGCAUUUCUACUCGGAUGCUGAUGAACCAGCAUAUCCUUAUAUUCAGUGACUCAAAGACAGGAAACCCAAGCCACAUUGGAAGCAUCGACCCGAGCUGUGAUGUGGUAGCAGUGGUCCAAGAUGCCUUUGAGUGUGCCAAGAUGCUCUGUGAUCAGUAUUAUCUGACAUCCCCAGAAUUAAAGCUCACACAAGUAAAUGGAAAAUUUCCAGGCCAGCCAAUACAUAUCGUGUAUGUUCCUUCCCACCUUCAUCAUAUGCUCUUUGAAUUAUUCAAGAAUGCCAUGAGGGCCACAGUUGAGCAUCAAGAAAAUCGCCCUUCCCUGACACCAGUCGAGGCAACUGUCGUCUUGGGAAAAGAAGACCUUACAAUCAAGAUUUCUGACCGAGGAGGUGGUGUUCCUCUGAGGGUCACUGACCGCCUCUUUAGUUACACAUACUCCACUGCUCCAACGCCUGUGAUGGACAAUUCACGGAAUGCCCCUUUGGCUGGUUUUGGUUAUGGCUUGCCAAUUUCUCGACUCUAUGCCAAGUAUUUUCAAGGAGACCUGAAUCUCUACUCUAUGUCAGGCUAUGGGACAGAUGCCAUCAUCUACUUAAAGGCUUUAUCUUCUGAGUCUGUAGAAAAGCUCCCUGUCUUUAACAAGUCAGCCUUCAAACACUAUCAGAUGAGCUCUGAAGCUGGGGACUGGUGUGUCCCAAGCAGGGAACCAAAAAACCUGGCAAAGGAAACAGUGGCCGUGUGAAGGGGAACAAGUAAGACACUUGAUGGGAUCAACGUGGGCCUAUGGCAGUGUUGCUGCAUGAAUAUGUGUGGACACUUGUUUCUGCAAAACAAAAAAACAACCAACCAAGCAAAAAGACAAACGCUAGAUCAGACAUUGAUCCAGUAAGGGAUGGAGCUUGGUUGUGUGACCUGUGAGAAGUCAGAGCCAGACUCCAGUAGACCACAGGUGACCUGUUUCUUGUUUGACAAUGAAGAAUGACUUGAGAUUAUUGCAAAUACUGAAAAGAAGUCAGCCUCUAAGUUAUAUAUAUAUAUAGAUAUAUCUUUCUCAACAAGUACAGGAUUUGAGGUUUGCAGUCUCAACAGGUGGAUGCUUUAGAAUUCUUGUUGCCGUCCAAAUAUAUUGAUGUUCAGUGAACAUCAAUUAUUGAGACAUUGGUGUUUUCCUGCCACGCAAAGAUUAGAGUGUUAUUAGAAAUGUAUGUUAAUGUGCAUUUUGUCAAUGUUAAUAUACUCUCGACAGGACAGGACAGAAGAUGCCAAAGCACUUCAGUGAGUGGGCAGUGCAGGUUAUGUGGAUACUCCGAAGAAAGCCUUUUUGGCAAGAAAGCUCCAGUAUCACAUAGCCUUUCUUGUUUGGGCUAUACUCCAUAAGCCAGUGAUUUUUUGGCCUGUGCCUAGUCUUAGGUGAAUUGUUAAAUAUAUACUGAAUUUAGGAAGUUGGGCUGGAAAGGGAGAUAAAUCGCCAAAGUGAUCCAAAGAUUGUAUGUGGAAAAACCAUAUUAGAGAAAGAAAUCACAUAUUACAAACUCAUCUGGGAAGGAAUGGGAGUUCUCUAACUGGAUAAGAGCACCUACUUUCCAGGCUUAAAAACAUGCGCAUUUUAUAUUUUAAUUAUAUUCUCUACACUCCUAUAUUAACAUAUCUGUUCAAAGUUUUCUAUUUGCCAAUCGACAUGAGAGUGUUAAAAUUUAAAUCCUUCUUGGGGUAUUGUUUUUUUUGGUUUUUUGGGGGGGGUUGUGUUUGGUUUUUUAAUGGAGUACUCUGGAAGUAAGUUCUCAUUCUAGGAUGAUGUCAUUUGUGAAUCAUGGAGACUCUGAGACCCGAUGACUAAAAGCUGUGAUAUGCUUGGUGCUCAGAGGAUGAAAGUGUGAUUGGCAGGCAUGGAUCAUCCAUCAUCCAUGCAGAUCACCCUUAGAAAAGAAAGAAAAAACAAUGAACAAGGGAAGGGAUAGAGGGAGGAAAAGAAGGAAGCAGAGGCAGGCAUCUUCCUGUUGACCCCACAAGCCCCUCCAAAGAAUCCUGUUUUUCCUGGGCAGGGGGAAGAAUGCAUUGUCUUUGAAAGCAGUAGUUUCUUAAACAGGGUUCACUCUUACAAGACCAGGGGCUUUGUGAGAUAAUGAAUUCAUUUGUGUCAAAAUAACAUUGGAACGUUUUUCCGAAUUGUAAAUCUAUCAGUCCUGUGUGACAGGGAGUUUGAAAUCUGUAUGUAAUUUUAUGCUGACCCAGUGCUGAGGUAUAUCUGGCUGUGGCAGCAAAAGCCACAACUAUUUGUUUUGGACUUCAGAGUUUAUCUUUAAAGUCCUGGUCAGUGACUUGGAUGGUAGGACUUUGAUUCCUGCAUUGAUUAGUCACACAAAACUGUUAGCAUUUAGCUUAUCUGUUGUGUUCUUGUUACUGUUUUUCCAAAUGAAGCUUCAGCUGUAUGUUUGGGCAUAUAAAUAUUUGUUUACCAAAGAUCUAAGGCAUUUGGUUAAAUAGCCCAAACACUUUGAGCUGUGUUUAAAAUAGUAAAGAAAAUCUUUAGGAUCUCAACAGCAUCAACUGUGUAAAUUAAAUUGAAACAGUCUUCCUGUUAUUUAUGAACCCAUGGGAGACUUUAGACUCUAGUGGAUGGAUAUGAAUGCCCAGGCCCACUUAACUUAUUAAUGUGUGGUUGACAUUUCUGUGUUUAGGUUAUGUGCAGAAAAUGUGAUAAUUUUAUAAUAAAUAUUUUUAUUAUAAUGGU